AUGCAGUGGGUGCACAAAGUAUUAGCGCUGGCAAUCAUUUGCACAGCUUCGACAGACGCCUGCCUUGUUGGCUGCAGCUGCAACAGCACCGCACUGCGUUGUGACGGAGUGGCGGCCCCACAAGAUCGAAUCGGACGCGAAACCUUUGGUAGCAACGCAACUAACCUCCAGUACAUCACCUGGACGAACUCUAAAGUCAAAAUUAUCGAAAUAGGUAUUUUCGAAGGGCUCUACAACUUGGAAUACAUCGACUUGAGUGGAAACGAAAUUAGCAGAAGAACAGAACACGGCCUUUUCGCUCACCUCACUCAUUUAAAGUACCUAAACAUAUCGCAUAACUUCAUCGAAGAUAUACCUAGAUCUACAUUUAUCGACUUAGCGAGUCUAGAGAUCCUAGAUCUGUCAUACAAUCAGCUUCGUGUUAUACCAUUCCAGGUCUUCGGGCCCAUGAGCAACCUCCAAUAUUUGGAUAUUUCACAUAAUAAAAUAGCUACCUUCUUAGAUAACUUUUUUAAACCUAAUAGACUAUUGAAAGUACUGUUCCUAAAUAAUAAUAGCCUAGUCAAAAUUACGUCUAAUGCUCUAGUCAAUCUUAAAGAAUUAGAGAAGUUGGACAUUUCUAGCAACAAACUAGAUUAUAUACCAAGAGCUCUGUUCGACAGUUUCGAAAAAUUGAGGGAGCUUAAUAUAAGCAAUAACCAGUAUGACAACAUAUCAAAUGAUGCAUUCAAGUAUCUUAAAAAUUUAAGGUUGCUGGAUAUGGGCGGUAAUCGCAUGAAAACCUUGCCUCCAAUGCUCUUCCAAUAUAACGAAAAUAUUAAAACGAUCUACCUCGAUCACACUGAAUUAUCUGUUAUACAGAACACAAAUUUCAAAGGCUUAAGUACUCUAGAAAACUUAAAAAUAACAAAUAACGAAUUUUUACGUGAAAUAGAAACAUUUGUAUUCCUAGACACCCUGGCUAUAACACACCUGGAUCUCAGUUCAAACGCUUUGUUGACCUUGCCUAAAUCUGUGCAGCAAUUGGAAAAGUUGCAAGAACUGAAAAUGCAUAACAAUCCGUGGGCAUGCGACUGUCGCAUGGCGUGGUUCGCCGAUUGGGCCGAAAAGAAAAAAGAUUACAUCAAGUCAGAGCUGAGCUGUCCGCUAACUUAUCCCAACGACAUGAUAAGGAUUUUAAACCACACAAAUUGCAAACCUCCAACGCUGGUAUCCAGUAGUCCCUUAGCUUUAUACAGACUCCAGACUGAUGCCCUACUGAAGUGCAGGUUCGAAGGCAACCCGUCUCCUUCGAUUACUUGGAUAACGCCGACAAGAAUAGUGUUUCAUUGGAACCCUGAUCCGUUAGUGCCAGAUAUAUUUCAGAAACAUGGCAUCGCCCACGACCAGUAUUAUAACCCUAUAGAUAUUACAGAAUCGAGAAUCAAAGUGCUCGACGAUGGAUCGCUAUUCAUAGGAGACAUUCAUAGAGAAGACUGUGGAACCUACUUAUGCUUUGCAACGAACCCAUCCGCCAAUGCGACGGCAGAGGUGGUACUCAACAUAGAUCCAAUGACUAUGUUUGAGAUAAAGAUGUAUAGUUUAUUAUGCGGUGCAAUAUGCGCCGUAGCUUUUUUAGGACUUACGCUAUUAGUACAGGCGUUGCGCUACAUAUUUUACAGAUUUCGUCUCUUAGAGACUUGUUGCAGCUGCUGUACCUGCGUUAAUCGUGAGGCGCCACGCAGCAGACAAAUAUUUUGCAUGCUGGACAACAUCGAACAAUAUAAGAGACAACAACUUGAAAAACUUAGAGAAAAUUACGCCGUUCAAGUUCAUCGUAUCAAAGAAAACUGUACACAGCAAAUGGACUGGAUACAGAACAGUUACUCGACGCAAGCAAGUCAUUUACGCAACAUUAGAGACAUUGGGAGCAAUCAUUUGAGCGCUGUGAGAGAUCAGUAUUACGACCAGGUAAAACGCGUACGCGAAUACUCCACGUGUCAACUAAACUGGGUGCGAGAGAACUACGUAUUCCAAAGAAACAAAAUUAGAAAGUUCAGUGCGCACCAGGUUUUGAGACUACGGGAGUCGUACAAGUAUCAGCAGCAGACCCUGAACAAGGUUCUGGAGAACCUGCCCAGUCUCUACUUCGAGAACUGUCGGAGCGGGUCGUGCGGGCGGAGCGAUUCUAUGGCCUUCGAUCCGGACGUGGAGGUGAUCGACAUGUACCUCAAGACGAAAAUAGAGAAACUCUCCAGCCUGCCGAAUCCGAUAUUCGACGAAGAGAGCAAGAUGUCCGUGUAUUACACUCCGACCGAGAGGUCCGUCAACUCGAGGCGAAACUCGCCCGUCCUCGAGGGCGUGCACAUCAACAUGAUCGAGAGGGGGCCGCCGCGGCUGCUGGCCAUGAUCAAGCCGCUGCAGACCUCUGCGGACGAGGCGCCCACGCCGCCGGCCAGCCCCACGCCUACCACGUCCAAGGCGGGCCUGACGGACGCCCCCAAGCCGUCCAGCGAGCCGCUGCUGGGCCGGCGCGUGCGCCUGGCGGCCAGCGCGAGCUCGCCGGAGCUGGCGGAGCGCGCGCGAGCGGCGCGGGUGUUGCUGGCCGUGGACCUGGGGCAGGCGGAGUGCGGCGAGUGCGGCCUGUGGCGCGAGGCGCGCUUGUAG